AUGCUGCCCAAGCGCGCCAAGGCGCCCGGCGGCGGCGGCGGCAUGGCCAAGGCCAGCGCGGCGGAGCUGAAGGUCUUCAAGUCCGGCAGCGUGGAUGGCCGAGUCCCCGGAGGGCCACCCGCCUCCAACCUGCGCAAGCAGAAGUCACUCACCAACCUGUCCUUCCUCACGGACUCCGAGAAAAAGCUGCAGCUCUACGAGCCCGAGUGGAGCGACGAUAUGGCCAAGGCGCCUAAGGGCUUGGGCAAGGCGGGGUCCAAAGGCCGGGAGGCCCCUCUGAUGUCCAAGACGCUGUCCAAGUCGGAGCACUCGCUCUUCCAGGCCAAGGGAGGCUCAGCCGGCAGCGCCAAGACCCCCCUGGCUCCCCUGGCGCCCAGCCUGGGAAAGCCCAGCCGGAUCCCGCGCGGCCCCUACGCCGAGGUCAAACCGCUCAGCAAGGCUCCGGAGGCUGCCGUCAGCGACGAUGGCAAAUCAGACGACGAGCUGCUCUCCAGCAAGGCCAAGGCGCAGAAGAGCUCCGGGCCUGUGCCCUCCGCCAAGGGCCAGGAGGAGCGCGCCUUCCUCAAAGUGGACCCCGAGCUCGUGGUGACGGUGCUGGGAGACCUAGAGCAGCUGCUCUUCAGCCAGAUGCUGGACCCAGAGUCCCAGAGAAAGAGGACCGUGCAGAAUGUCCUGGACCUUCGGCAGAACCUGGAAGAGACCAUGUCCAGCCUGCGAGGCUCCCAGGUGACUCACAGCUCCCUGGAGAUGACCUGCUACGAUAGUGACGAUGCCAACCCCCGCAGCGUGUCCAGCCUCUCCAACCGCUCGUCUCCUCUGUCCUGGCGCUACGGCCAGGCCAGCCCGCGGCUGCAGGCCGGUGACGCUCCCUCGGUGGGCGGAGGCUGCCGCUCAGAGGGGCCGCCCGCCUGGUACAUGCACGGGGAGCGGGCCCACUACUCGCACACCAUGCCCAUGCGCAGCCCCAGCAAGCUCAGCCACAUCUCCCGCCUGGACUCGGACGACGCCGACCUCAAGUCCGGCUACAUGAGCGACAGCGACCUCAUGGGCAAGACCAUGACCGAGGACGAGGACAUCACCACCGGCUGGGAUGAGAGCAGCUCCAUCAGCAGCGGGCUCAGCGAUGCCUCUGACAACCUCAGCUCAGAGGAGUUCAACGCCAGCUCCUCGCUCAACUCCCUGCCGACGACGCCCACUGCAUCCCGCAGGAACUCCACCAUAGUGCUGCGCACGGACUCGGAGAAGCGCUCCCUGGCGGAGAGCGGGCUGAGCUGGUUCAGCGAGUCGGAGGAGAAGGCCCCGCGGAAGCUGGAGUACGAUAGCGGGAGCCUGAAGCUGGAGUCCGGCGGCUCCAAGUGGCGGAGGGAGCGGCCCGAGAGCUGCGACGACGCGUCCAAGGUCGGGGAGCUGAAGAAGCCCAUCAGCCUGGGCCACCCCGGGUCCCUGAAGAAGGGCAAGACCCCGCCCGUGGCCGUCACCUCUCCCAUCACCCACACAGCCCAGAGUGCCCUCAAGGUCGCAGGCAAACCCGAAGGCAAGGCCACGGACAAGGGCAAGCUGGCGGUGAGGAACGCCGGGCUGCAGCGCUCCUCCUCGGAUGCCGGCCGGGACCGCCUGGGCGACGCCAAGAAGCCGCCCUCGGGCAUCGCCCGCCCCUCCACGUCGGGGUCUUUUGGCUACAAGAAGCCUCCGCCUGCCACGGGCACGGCCACGGUCAUGCAGACGGGCGGCUCCGCCACGCUCAGCAAGAUCCAGAAGUCCUCGGGCAUCCCCGUGAAGCCCGUGAACGGGCGCAAGACCAGCCUGGACGUGUCCAACGGCCCGGAGCCUGGGUUCCUGGCCCCCGGGGCCCGUUCCAACAUCCAGUACCGUAGCCUGCCCCGGCCGGCCAAGUCCAGCUCCAUGAGCGUGACCGGAGGGCGGGGCGGGCCUCGCCCCGUGAGCAGCAGCAUCGACCCCAGCCUGCUCGGCGCCAAGCAGCCGGGCCUCGCGCCCUCCAGGCUGAAGGAGCCUUCCAAGGUGGCCGGUGGGCGGGCCGCGCCCGCCCCUGUCAAUCAGACUGACCGUGAGAAGGAGAAGGCCAAGGCCAAGGCGGUGGCCCUGGACGCAGACAACAUCUCGCUGAAGAGCAUCGGCUCCCCAGAGACGACGCCAAAGAACCAGGCGAGCCACGCGCCGGCCGCCAAGCUGGCAGAGCUGCCGCCAACCCCCGUCAGGGCCACAGCCAAGAGCUUUGUCAAGCCUCCCUCGCUGGCCAACCUAGACAAGGUCAACUCCAACAGCCUGGACCUGCCCUCGUCCGGUGACGCCCAUGCCCCGAAGGUCCCAGAUCUGCACACGGCCGGCACUGCCUCCGGGGGCCCCCUGCCAUCCUGCUUCACCCCUAGCCCGGCGCCCAUCCUCAAUAUCAACUCCGCCAGCUUCUCCCAGGGCCUGGAGCUCAUGAGCGCGUUCAGUGUCCCGAAGGAGCCCCGCAUGUACCCCAAGCUCUCGGGCCUGCACAGGAGCAUGGAGUCCCUCCAGAUUAACCAGGGGGAUCGGAACACGCUGCCCAAGAAAGGGCUCAGGUACCAGCUUCAGGCGCAGGAGGAGACCAAGGAGAGGCGACACUCCCACACCAUCGGGGGGCUGCCGGAAUCCGACGACCAGUCAGAGCUGCCGUCUCCCCCCGCCCUGUCCAUGUCCUUGAGCGCGAAGGGCCAGCUCACCAACGUAGUGAGUCCCUCUGCGGCCACCACGCCAAGAAUCACUCGCUCCAACAGCAUCCCCACCCACGAGGCCGCCUUCGAGCUGUACGGCGGCUCCCAAAUGGGGAGCACCCUGUCCCUGGCCGAGAGACCAAAGGGCAUGAUCCGGUCAGGAUCCUUCCGAGACCCCACGGACGAUGUUCACGGCUCGGUGCUGUCCCUGGCAUCCAGCGCGUCGUCCACAUACUCCUCAGCUGAGGAGAGGAUGCAGUCUGAGCAAAUCCGCAAAUUGCGCCGGGAGCUGGAGUCCUCGCAGGAGAAGGUGGCCACCCUGACGUCCCAGCUGUCCGCCAACGCCAACCUCGUGGCGGCCUUCGAGCAGAGCCUGGUGAACAUGACAUCGCGCCUGCGGCACCUGGCGGAGACAGCCGAGGAAAAGGACACCGAGCUGCUGGACCUGCGAGAAACCAUAGACUUUCUGAAGAAAAAGAACUCUGAGGCCCAGGCGGUCAUUCAGGGAGCCCUCAACGCCUCGGAGGCCACGCCCAAAGAACUUCGGAUCAAGAGGCAGAACUCCUCAGACAGCAUCUCGAGCCUCAACAGCAUCACCAGCCACUCCAGCAUCGGCAGUGGCAAGGACACCGAUGCAAAGAAGAAGAAAAAGAAGAGCUGGCUUCGGAGUUCUUUCAACAAAGCCUUCAGUAUAAAAAAGGGACCCAAGUCAGCCUCCUCGUACUCCGACAUCGAGGAGAUCGCCACCCCCGACUCCUCAGCUCCCUCGUCCCCCAAACUGCAGCACGGUCCCACGGAGACGGCCUCGCCUUCCAUCAAGUCCUCCACCUCGUCCUCGGCGGGCGGCGACGCCCCUGAGGCCCCUGCCCACCCGGCCCCCCACACUCGGCUUUUCCACGCGGGCGAGGAGGAGGAGCCCGAGAGGAAGGAGGUGUCCGAGCUGCGCUCCGAGCUGUGGGAGAAGGAGAUGAAGCUGACAGACAUCCGCCUGGAGGCCCUGAACUCCGCCCACCAGCUGGACCAGCUCCGGGAGACGAUGCACAACAUGCAGCUGGAGGUGGACCUGCUCAAGGCGGAGAAUGACCGGCUGAAGGUUGCCCCGGGCCCCUCCUCGGGCUCCGCUCCAGGGCAGGUCCCUGGGUCGUCUGCGCUUCCCUCCCCUCGCCGCUCGCUGGGCCUGGCGCUCACCCACUCCUUCAGCCCGAGUCUCGCAGACACAGACCUGUCUCCCAUGGAUGGCAUCAGCACCUGCGGCCCUAAGGAGGAGGCCACCCUCCGGGUGGUGGUGAGGAUGCCCCCGCAGCACAUCAUCAGAGGGGACCUGAAGCAGCAGGAAUUCUUCCUGGGGUGCAGCAAGGUCAGUGGCAAGGUCGACUGGAAGAUGCUGGACGAGGCUGUUUUUCAGGUGUUCAAGGACUACAUUUCUAAGAUGGACCCAGCCUCGACCCUGGGGCUCAGCACCGAGUCCAUCCAUGGCUAUAGCAUCAGCCAUGUGAAGCGGGUGUUGGAUGCGGAGCCCCCGGAGCUGCCUCCUUGCCGCCGAGGUGUCAACAACAUAUCAGUCUCCCUCAAAGGUCUGAAGGAGAAGUGCGUGGACAGCCUGGUGUUCGAGACACUGAUCCCCAAGCCCAUGAUGCAGCACUACAUCAGCCUCCUGCUCAAGCACCGGCGCCUGGUCCUCUCGGGCCCCAGCGGCACGGGCAAGACCUACCUGACCAACCGGCUGGCCGAGUACCUGGUGGAGCGCUCUGGCCGUGAGGUCACCGAGGGCAUCGUCAGCACCUUCAACAUGCACCAGCAGUCCUGCAAGGACCUGCAGCUGUACCUCUCCAACCUGGCCAACCAGAUAGACCGGGACACAGGCACGGGGGACGUCCCCCUGGUGAUCCUGCUGGACGACCUGAGUGAGGCAGGCUCCAUCAGCGAGCUGGUCAAUGGGGCCCUCACCUGCAAGUACCACAAGUGUCCCUACAUCAUAGGUACCACAAAUCAGCCUGUGAAAAUGACCCCCAAUCAUGGCCUGCAUCUGAGCUUCAGGAUGCUGACCUUCUCCAACAACGUGGAGCCAGCCAACGGCUUCCUGGUUCGCUACCUGAGGAGGAAGCUGGUGGAGUCCGACAGUGACAUCAACGCCAACAAGGAGGAGCUGCUGCGGGUGCUGGACUGGGUGCCCAAGCUGUGGUAUCACCUGCACACCUUCCUGGAGAAGCACAGCACCUCGGACUUCCUCAUCGGCCCCUGCUUCUUCCUGUCCUGCCCCAUCGGCAUCGAGGACUUCCGGACGUGGUUCAUCGACCUGUGGAACAACUCCAUCAUCCCCUACCUGCAGGAAGGAGCCAAGGACGGGAUCAAGGUCCACGGACAGAAAGCCGCGUGGGAGGACCCGGUGGAGUGGGUCAGGGACACUCUCCCAUGGCCGUCAGCCCAACAGGACCAAUCAAAGCUGUACCACCUGCCCCCACCCACCGUGGGCCCUCACAGCAUCGCCUCGCCCCCCGAGGACAGGACAGUCAAGGACUGCACCCCAAGUUCUCUGGAGUCCGACCCUCUGAUGGCCAUGCUGCUGAAGCUUCAAGAGGCUGCCAACUACAUCGAGUCUCCAGACCGAGAAACCAUCCUGGACCCCAACCUCCAGGCAACACUUUGAGGGUCCCGGGGGUCCCUGUCACCCCGGGCAGCAGGACGCUGGCAUCGGCUCUGUUGGCGCCCCCUUUCCCCUCCCCUCCCCCAGCGCUGGCUCUCCAGCGAGACCACAACGGGAGGGGCAGGAGGCGCAGGAAGACGGCGGGUUCUUGGUGCUGCACCUUUGAGAACUUCCUAGCGAGGACUAGUGGGGUGGCGUUUGGGGACGUGUGUCCCCAGCAUACAUUUACUGGCCUCCUCUCAUGACUUUGGGGAAAAGACGAUGCUGGGUCUUUUUCCUUGAUUUCUUGUCUCAAUGACGGACUCCUGGGCUUUCUGGGGAGGGUUCAGAAGACACCAAAUGAGCCCACAGCAGGUCCUCACCGAUCCUCAGGAGCAACUCUGAGACAGACAGUCCCCGCGGGGACAUCCGGGGAGGCGGGAGCUCCCAGGACUUAUGCAGACCCCUCCUGACCCAUCGCCACUGCCAACAACUCACCCCCGGAGAUCUGGCUGGAGCCCAGAAAAAGAAGCAUGUGGUUUAAAAAAAUGUUUAAGUCAAUCUGUAAAAGGU